CGUGAACUGGAAAUUUUCGUAAAAGGUGACACGUCUGUUCAUCGGUAAAAGGAAAUUUCGUAUUUUACCAUCUCCAAUUUGCUGUUUUUUACCGCUAUGAGACGAGCCCAUGUUCCUUCUGAUUAUCACGGAAAUAUGGCGCAGAGAACUGAUCAUGAAAUGCUGGAAGAAGAGAAUGAAAAGAUGGUCGAUCAUCUUUCAAGCAAAGUUCAAGCACUGAAAUCGCUUACUAUAGACAUAGGAAAUGAAGUGAAAUAUCAGAAUAAAAUGCUCAAUGAAAUGGACACAGAUUUUGACUCUGGAGGUUCACUCUUGUCUUCAACCAUGAACAGAUUAACAGCGCUGACAAAACAAGGUCAUCACAAAGUCAUGCUCUAUCUGAUUUAAUUUUGCCUUUUUGUUUUUUUUGUAACCUGGUACAUAAUCAAGAGAAGAUGAAUGCAAAAUAAUUAUGUAUAUUAUUGUUCAAAUUGUAAAUAAAAAAGGUCUAUUCUUAUA